UCGCUCGGACUCAACGCGUGCCCGGCCGCAAUAACUAAUAUUGACCAUUUCCUGAGUCAAUCUCAAGAAUAAAACACUCCCUGCCGAAUAAACUGCCCCAAAUUUGAAAUAACAAGUGACAAUAAAGUGUUCGUGUUAAAAUUUAUAAAAAUAAUUCCUUCAAACCUUGCUAUUGUGCAACAGCAAUGCGUGUAACAAGCACAGGAUCGCUAGAGGCCGCUGAUGGAUUACGUUAAUUAGCGUUACAACUCAAAGUAAGGUUAUAAUCAAUCCUACUGUAAACUGCGUUCAAUAUUACAUAAAAAUAGACGUGUUGUUGACAAAAACAAAAAAAAUUCAAAGCAUAAAUACAACCAUAUAUUAAAAAUGCCAUCGAAUAUACAAGAAAACAUUGCUCUAUUGAAUAUGAUGUCUUCAGAUAAUUUGGAAGAUGAUUUAAAGAGUGUCCAGCUGCAUUUUCCUUCAGACAGACGAUUGCAGAGCGACGGCGCAUGCGUGGAGGAGAGGGUGAGGACUUCCCGCGGGGACAUCUUGGUGGCGGUCCGGGGGGACCGCAGCAAGCGCGCCAUUCUUACCUACCAUGACCUUGGCCUGAAUUAUGCCGCCAACUUCCAAGCAUUCUUUAAUUUUGUUGACAUGAGAGCUAUACAGGACAAAUUUUGUAUCUACCACGUGAAUGCUCCUGGACAAGAAGAAGGCGCGCCAGCGUUACCAGAAGAUUUCAGUUAUCCUAGUAUGGAUGGCUUAGCUUCCCAAAUUGAUUUCAUUUUGGGCCACUUCGGGAUACGUUCGUUCAUAGGACUCGGCGUAGGAGCCGGUGCUAAUAUUCUCGCGCGGUAUGCUAUUGCAAAUCCCCAAAAGGUUGACGCUUUGGCCUUGAUCAACUGUACCUCUACGCAGGCAGGGUGGACUGAAUGGCUUUAUCAAAAAAUUAAUACAAGGCAGCUGCGAUCGAAUGGGAUGACUCAAGGAGCAUUGGACUAUUUGAUGUGGCAUCACUUUGGGCGCAGCACUGAAGAGCGCAACCAUGACUUGGCUCAUGUGUACAAAGAAUGUUUUUCUCACGUGAAUCCAACGAAUCUGUCAAUGUUUAUCGAUUCUUUUCUGCGCCGCAGCGAUUUGGGGAUCGCCCGCGAAGGCAACACUAUUAAAGUUCCAGUUUUGAACGUGACAGGUGCGCUGUCACUUCACGUUGAUGAUACUGUUACAUUCAAUGGUCGUUUGGACCCUACGAAGACGUCAUGGUUGAGCCUCUCGGACUGUGGCAUGGUGCUGGAAGAGCAGCCCAAUAAGAUAGCGGAGGCGUUCAGGCUGUUCUUGCAGGGCGAGGGGUACUGCAGGUAGUUCUGUUGCGAACGACAACGAAUGCAGCGCUGCUAUUCAUAGAAUGCACUGAUGCUUACACGCGAGCUUUACAACACUGUUGUAGUCACAUUGAUGGUGUAGAGACAAACCGUUGUUCCUUCUGUUCAGAUGUUUAUGGAAA